UUUAACGCUUUUUUAAUAUGUUAGAAAAAGAAGAAAAAAUGGCAGCAUCAGAGAGUACACGCAAGCGCAUUAUCAGAUUUUUAAGCUUAUAGUAAUAGAAGACGGCUAAUUUAAAAAAAAAUAAAUAUUUAUUCUAAUCAGUUUAUUAGAAAAUACUGUGAGAAUACAAAUUAUAGUAAAGAUGCCAAUUUUUAGUGAAAGACGUCCAAUUUCUGGUAAAGAUAAUAUACAUAAAGCAGUGAACGAUACUGGAAGUCAGGCCAAAUCAUUUAUUCAAUCAAUUUUCGGUGAUAUUAGUAAAACAUCGGCUACUAAACAGAUUAUUUUAGGAGCUUCUUCGGGAUGGAUAACUGGAUUUGUAUCUAUGAAAGUAGGAAAAACUGUUGCUCUUGCUUUAGGUGGUGGUAUAAUACUCCUACAAGUUGCUAAUGAAAAGGGAUAUAUUAGGAUAAAUUGGAAUAAAGUUAAUAAGAAAUUGGACAAAGUAGUUGAUAAAGUGGAGGAACAAAUUACUGGUGAAACUUCAUCUUGGAUAGAUAAAGCCGAAAGAUUUUUUGAUAGAAAACUAGAUCAAGCAGAAGACGUUAUUAGAAAAGGCAAAAGUAAAGCAAAUAAAUGGUAUUCAGAUAGUAAUUAUCAAGUUGAAGAGAUUCAUAUAUUCCUAGUCUCUUUUAUAGCUGGAGUUGCUAUAGGAAUAGCUACUUCUUAAAUUCACAUAUAUUUAAUUAUAAUCAUCAUUUCUCCUAUUAUUUUCUAAUAAAAGAAAUGCAAUAUCAUCACUUAUUAAAUUAGUUUAGAUCUGUGUUAUUAUUUAUAUUAACUGUAUUAUUCUAUUGAGGCUUAUUGAAUUAAUAAAAUAAAUAUAUUGUUAAGACCAAUUUUUAUUCAAUAUUGAAUUCGAUCAUAAUGUAUAGGAUUAUUUGAUGGGAAUGUUUCAAAUAAAAGUUGUAUGGUUAUAAUGUUAUACCUUAGAGUACAAAUUUUAGAGUAAAUGGGAAAAUAUAAAUAGUUUUCUAUAUAUUUUUACUGUCUUGAAUUUUUAUCUAAAACUUUUUUUCUAAUAGUUAUUAACACAUUGAUUGAUAUAGCCGUCCUGCUCACCGGAACACGCCUGCUAUAGCCGUCAUAUUUUUAUAGGCUUAUAAGUAUAUGAAACCCAUAAUAGGUGUCCCACUAAACAAGUUGUAUUAUGUGUUACAGCCCU